AUGGGUCAAAUGGCGACGACAACGGGUGACCUGCAGUUGCAAAAAGAUGCGCUGCCGUCACCCAUCAUCCGAAAGGUCUUCGCAGUUUUGCUGGUGACUACACUGCGCGCUGACAUUCUGUUGGCCUUCACUGAGUCCAUCACCGUCUUCAAGCUGCCACUGCUGAUCGAGUACCCAUUUCCAACUCGUUAG